UAGUCAACCUGUAGUCAAAAAUUAAAUUCUUGUCAAUUAUUUUUAAAUUUUUCAUUAAAUUGUUGGUUUAAUAUAAUCUUUUAUCACUGAAAAUAUGAAAAAAGUCAAACCCGAAUGGUCCAAGUCGUACACAAUACGACCACGCCACCAGCUUCAAUCCCAUAUACUAAGCAAUGAGAAAAAUCGUUUUAAAGCUUCCUAUGAAAAUGAGGUUUGCCCUGCUCCCAUGAAUUUACUUAUUGGCUGGGAAUAUGCUCGUCUAUGGCUUAAGGAAAGAGACGAAUUUGUAAAAGCUCGUUUUAAUAGUAUCAAACCGAAACGAAUUAAAAAUAACUAUCAAACUUGGCUGGAGAAACGUAAACCUCGCAUAAAUGAAAGUUGCCGGGCCCAAGGUGUCAAGAAGUUAAUGUUAAAGGAAGAUAAAAAUAAAACAAUUUUGAAGAAAAAUUAGAUUAAAGGGAUGUCUUUGUAUGUAAUGGCCGAGCGCCGCGGCGUCGUUCGUUUUCUUUUGUUGGGCCAUUCGUUUAGUUAAGUGAUGAGAAAGUGUUUAUCCAAAAGUUCGGUGUUUUUUGUACGAAAGGGAGAAUAAGCCGGAGAAUAUCAUUAUGUCAAC